GCAGCGGCAAAGACGGCUCGAUCAAGGACGAUAUUGCAUCCGCGAAGCCUCGACCCCGACUUUCAAUGGUCUGUAUCGGCUGGACAUCUGGUCACGCGGCAACGUGUUGGCCAGAAGGGCAGGUGCUCUCGUGCUGUCAACCAUGAGCCACAUCGCCGGAUCACCGGCGCGGGAACAAGCAGAUCAGCACCUCUCGUUCGUCAGAACCAGCAUCCUCCCUAUGCAUCCCCGCACUUUACCUCCAUCUGCCCCUCAGAUGGCGUAUGCUCGACCGUGGCAGGUCAAUGGCUAAGACGUCGUGAACGGCCAGUGUGCGUUGUAGGGUACGGCACCGUAAGUUGUACAGUAAGAACCACCAAGGUGAUACUGCAAGAGACGUCUCAAGUGCGUUCCAUCACUAUGGCUACUUCAAAGAAGAUUCAGGAACAACUUGACCAUGGUGCAGUUCCAAACCAUGUUUCCAACGUCUGUCCCGAUGGCACGAAGAUGUGGCUUUUGGAGGUUGGGUGGUUAGAAGCAGAUGAAGGCUUUGUCAUCCGAGGUGGCAACACCUCCCUGACAAGCACGAAGGACAAGCCGUUCGUAAACAAGAGGCGUCAACUGCCCAUGUACUGUGUCCUCAUCGACCAUCCAAUCGAAGGCGUGAUCCUGUGGGAGACUGGAUGCGGCAAGGACUACCCUGAGGUCUGGGGACCCCAGCUUAGUGACGUCUUCUCUCGCGUCAAGUAUGAGCCCAGGCAUGAGCUCGACGCUGCCAUCGAGGCAACGGGCCACAAGCUGGAGGAUGUAAAGAAGAUCAUCAUUGGUCACCUGCAUCUAGACCAUGCAGGCGGUCUUGAUAUGUUUUUGGACAGGAAGGAUGUCGAGAUCUGGGUGCACGAUCUUGAGCUCCGCUCAGCAUUCUGGAGUGUAGCCACGGGCGCAGACGUCGGCGUCUACCUCAAGCAUUAUCUCAGACUUGAUCUCAAUUGGAAGACGUUCGAUGAACGGACUAUGGAUUUCUGCCAAGGCAUAACGUUGCAUCACCUGCCGGGGCACACUGAUGGUUUGAUCGGCAUGCAGAUCAAUCUUCCCAACAGCGGCACGUUCCUCUUCAUUAGCGAUCACUGCCAUGUGAUUGAGAACUGGCGCGAUGGCAUUCCGCAGGGCUGGCUUGCUCGUGACCAUCCUGCUUGGUUCCGCUCGACCCAACGCCUGAAACAUCUUGUGCGAUUGACGCGCGGGAGGGUGAUACCGGGUCAUGAUGAGGGGAUCUUCCUUGAGCUACAGAAAGACGCCGAACAGCAGCCGGAGAAGGGCGUAUUCACUUAAAGUAUCUAAGCGAUUGUGUAUAGCACAGCCAAUAUCCUUUGGAUCUUCCGACAGCACUCAUACUCUGCAACGCUGCUAUGGCGCUCGUGGAGGACUGUACCAAUCGGUAGCUGCGCGAUUUCGCAUUCCCACCAGCAUUGUGCAAACCACCUGGAGGAUGCAUGCAUAACUUGUCAGCGAGGUCCGCUCGUCCUGUGAAUGCGCAGAGCUAGACGUAGACCACGAAGCCAAAGCGCUUGGCAAGAUAUAUUGAAUGUUGCGCGGCAUGGUGUUUGUGGAAAAGGCUUUGUUCGUUGACGCUUGUCGAGCUGUGGGAACCUGUUGGCUUCGGUUGGACUUCCUCACUACCCACGGUCAACAACCGUACGCGCUGGACUGAUUGUUAGAUAGCGGUCUCUGAUGGACGACGGAUGUGAGAAGUGGGCCAGAUGGCGGUAGCAUCGAGUUUGCUCGAAGAAAGAUAGAGAGAACAGCAGAU